UGAACUGGAAUAGACCAUGUCUGAAGUACAGGGAACUAUUGAGUUUUCUGUGGAGUUGCAUAAAUUUCAUAAUGUGGACCUUUUCCAGAGAGGGUAUUACCAGGUGCGGACAGCUUUGAAAUGUUCUCCUAAGAUUCCUCACAGAUUGACAACAAGGCUUAUAGGAAGCAAAGGGGAUUCUGAAUCCAGUUCAGCAAGCAUUAAAGAAAAUGUCGUAUGUAGUGCACCAUUUCAAAUCCUAUACAGAAAUGAAGAAAUCCUUGUUAAUAAUGCAAUGCUGUUCAGGGUCCAUAUGCUUCUUGAUGGAGAAAGGAUAGAAGAUGCUCUAAGUGAAGUGGACUUUCAGUUGAAACUGGACCUGCAUUUUACUGAUAAUGAAAAUCAGUUAAAGGACCUUCCAGGAAUCCCGCUGAUAAGCAGUCGUACUCUGGGCCUUCAUUUUCUCCCAAGAAGAGGUCUGCAUCAUCAUGUUCCUGUCAUGUUUGAUUAUUUCCACUUAUCAGUCAUCUCUGUUACAGUCCAUGCCUCACUGGUUGCAUUGCAUCAGCCUCUGAUCAGCUUUGCCCACUCAGGAAAGGGGACAUGGAUUGGCAGAAGUGGACAAGAAGCAAGCACUGACCAGUCUGGAAUGUUCUUGGAAAAUUUAGUUUUUGGGUCCGGCUACUGUAAACCAGCAUCAACAGAGGGAAGUUUUUAUGUCCCUUCAGAAAGCUGCCUGCAACAUGCUUAUGAGCUGCAUAAGAGAUUAUGUCAUCUUCUUCUGACAACAUACUCUGGCUUACUGUCCUAUACUUCAUCUAUUUCAACAGAAUUUCCUGGGCUACCACAGAUUCAUUUAGAGGAAUUAUCCAUUGAAGAAACAUUACUUCAACUCAGCACUCAACUUCAGAGAUUGACCACUCCAGAUAAAGUAGCAGAACAAAUAAGUAGAGACCUUGCUGAGCUCUGCUCUCAUCUCACGACCUUGUGGACCAAGUUCUUGGAUAUGGUGAUACUCCAGUCUGAUGUCAUAGCCCAUUUGUCUCAAGAGCACCAUUCACUGAGGGUAAGAAGAUUCUCGGAGGCAUUUUUUUACAUUGAGCAUGAGAAGAUCGCAGCCCUAGCAUUUCAAGAAAGCUUGAUCCAGUAUUACAGUCAGCUUGCUGCAGAAAUCAGAAACUCUGAAUACCUCACCAGCAUGCCACCUCUUCCAGUCGAAUGUCUGGACAUAGAUGGAGACUGGAGCACACUCCCUGUGAUUUUCGAGGACAGAUACACUGAGUUUCCUAAAUCAGGGCUAAAAUUAGACAGUACCUCAUCCCCUUAUCAUCUGGAUUCAAAUAUCAAUAUAUCAUCUACUAGAAGCGCUACACCAGAGGACAAUAUAUCGAGCCUAAAAAGCUCUUCAGAAGAACCAAACUCCAAUAGGCAUUCGCUGGUGCCACCUGCUAGUCUUAGUUCUUCAGAAUCAAACAAAAACUGUUCUCAAAAAUCUUUUGAAGAAUUGUUAAAUAAAAAGAAUGCUCUUAUUAAGAACUAUGUUGGCUUGAAUGACCAAUCAUCAUGGACUAGUGAACACAGCAAGCAAAUAGAGUAUGACUUUGAAACCAUUGAUGCAAUAGACAUUGCAUCUGACAUAAUGAAAUUAUCUUUUGAUGAAUGCUCAGCAGAUAUUCAUAAGCAAAGAUACAAAAGGGAAAAUGCAUUAUCUAAAGAGCUAGGGAAUAAUGAAGAAUUGUCUCAAGAUGACAAAACUACAUUUGGUUUGAUACAUAACGAGGCCAUACCAAGCAUUAAGGACACAAUUAAAAGUGAAUCAGUGUUGGUAGUUAACUGUUUAAAUGUAACUGUAUCCAAUGAAGUGAGUGGUGAUCUAGGUGACUUAGAUGGCACUAACAUAACACAGCCACCUUAUAUGAACAGGAACGUUUAUGAAAAUAAACUUUUACAGAAUGUUGAUAUAAGAAAUAUUUCUCCUGAUUUAAAAGAUCAGUUACAUGAAGAUGUUGCAAACAUGUUGGAAUUGCACACAGUGAGGGAAACUGUUAUAACACAUACAAAUGACCAAGUCAACACAGACUUUUCUCAAGCUACUGCAAAAAAAUCAGCAGUAGCAGAAUCCCGAUAUUACUCUGUUAACACAGAACCAAUUAAGAGGUCUGCAUCUCUUAUAACAGAUUCUGGUAUUGAAAGUGAGCCAAGCUCAGUAGCUUGGCCUGACCUGCGUACAAGACCUGUGGAUUUAUGUAGUGAUCAUGAAUUUUUACAACAGCUAGUGAGGAGACAUGCCAUGCAUAGAAACUCUCUAGAAGGAGGGCAGACUGAAAGUAAUGCCAGCAUGCUCAGCGGUAUACAAGCAUCGCUCACAUCAAUUAGUUCUUUACCAUAUGAAGAGGAAGAGAAGGAAGUAGAACUGAUCAAAUUGACUAAAUCAGUUUCUGCUCCUCAUAUCAGCAGUCCUGAGGAUUGUGGAGAGAUACCUGGUUGUGCAAGGGAAGAGGAUAUAAGGACAGAACUAAAUCAAGAAUUAGACAAGCAUUCUUUUGUUGGAAGGGCUAAGUGUACAGAUUCACAUUUGAAGGCAGCACAUGUGUCUCUCACUGCAGAAGAUGAUCUGUCAGAGAGCUGUGCAGCAAUGGAGUAUGAUAUUGACUAUGAGCCGCAGGAAAUCAAAGACACAGUUUUGAGGCAAGAAAGAAACAGUGCUGCACUGUCCGCAGUUAUUGCUGCCACUUGCUCUUCUAUGCACAUCAUUGAAGAGAAUAAUGUGACAUAUUUAACUACAGAUGAAUUUCAAGCAAAUAAAAUUCCUAAUCAAAGUGUUACAGAAGAUAAGAACAGCAGUAUUGAUGAAAGCCUGAAAGAACCAGUUAUGCCAUCUGAUGUAGGAACACAUGACAUGAAACAACAAUUUACCAGUAACUGUAUACCAGAUUUAGAAAACAUGCCAAACAAACUUUAUGUGAUGCCAUAUUCUUGUCAAGAGAUUAUGCCUUAUACUGAAACAUCAACAGACUCUGACAUGGGAAAUACAAAUUUGCAGCACUUUACAGGAUAUUCUGAUCUAUUUCCUGAUUGUUUAACACCUGAACUCAGCCAGGAGUUACAGGAAAUUGAACUUGAUGCAUUCCAUGUUACCACACAGAACUGUUUUGAUGAUGAUUCUGUGUGCCUAAAUGAACAAAUUAAACAGGAGAACUGGACUUCUGUUAGAAAGAUGAAUGACUCCCAGUCUGUUAUUACCAAUGAAGACUCCUUAGGAGCUGCUACCUCAGGGCUGGUGUUUGAAAAAAGACAAGCAGCUGAAGUCAUGAAUCUUUCAGUCUCUUGUACUGCCACUUGCCUUCCCUUUUCUUCAAUGUUUAGAGAUGCUCCUAUAACUGGAAUUUCAACAAAGCAUGCAAUUUCUCCAAUAACAAAACAACCAGUGGGCUCCUUUGGACUUGUCUGUGUUAAUGCAGAUAACCAGGAAGAAGAAAUGAAUGAAUGCAUGCUAAGUUUUUAUCAGGCCAAGGAAAAGCUGAAGAAAGAGCUACAGUUUGAUGGGUUUUUCUACAGUGACCUUCAAAUACUUGCUUCUGAGGUACCAUAUUUUCCACCAGAGGAAGAGGAAGAAGACUUUGAAGAUGGAAUUCACUUGGUCAUUUGUGUUCAUGGCCUUGAUGGUAAUAGUGCUGAUUUACGACUUGUGAAAACAUUCAUUGAACUUGGACUUCCUGAAGCCAAACUUGACUUCCUUAUGUCUGAAAAAAAUCAGAGUGACACAUUUGCUGACUUUGAAAAUAUGACUGAUAAAUUGUUGGAAGAGAUAAUUCAGCAUAUUCAACUCUACAACCUCACAAUUUCUAAAAUAAGCUUUAUUGGCCAUUCACUUGGGAAUAUCAUCAUUCGGUCAGUCCUGACUCGGCCUCGCUUUCGAUAUUACCUCAAUAAACUACAUACAUUUUUGUCUCUCUCUGGCCCUCAUCUUGGAACUCUUUAUAACAAUAGCACUUUGGUUAGCACAGGUCUAUGGCUCAUGCAGAAAUUAAAAAAAUCUGGAUCAUUAUUACAGCUGACUUUCAGGGACAAUGUAGAUCUCCGAAAAACAUUUCUUUACCAGCUUAGCCAGAAACCAGGACUCCAGUAUUUCAAGAAUGUUGUAUUAGUUGCAUCACCACAAGAUCGAUAUGUACCGUUUCAUUCAGCCAGAAUAGAAAUCUGUAAAACAGCACUUAAGGACAGACACACAGGUCCUGUAUAUACUGAAAUGAUUAAUAACCUUCUACAGCCUUUGGUAGAUGCAAAAGACUGCACAUUAAUUCGACACAGUGUUUUCCAUGCUCUUCCAAAUACUGCUAACACGUUGAUUGGACGGGCGGCACAUAUUGCUGUACUUGACUCUGAACUCUUCUUAGAAAAAUUUUUCCUUGUUGCUGGACUUAGUUACUUCAAAUAAUGUAUAUUGUUGGUUGCAUUUUGGCUGUAACAAAGUGAAAAGCAAAAGCAAGCUCACUUGACUGCAUUUCAAAAAAAAAAACAGAGCUACGUAAGUAUUUACAUAGGAAUAGUUACCUACCAGAUGAGUUGCCAACAAGCUACUUUUAUACACGUGAUCAAAAGAGAUAUAUUCUUGGUUACAUAAUAUUCAGCAAAUGGAAGAGUAUUAUAGUUCCACAACAGUAUGGAAAAAUAAAGUAAGGAAUUAGUUUAAAAUGUAGGCAGUUGAAUGUUGCCAGUGCUGGUUUAUGGUGCAUAUUCCAAAUUAUACUACUGAAGGUCUUAAUUUUAAAGGCCCUUUAAAUUAAUUCAUGCAGUUCCAGAUGGGUUUGGCCAAACAAAAUAUUUAACUACUAAAUGCUGCAGUUUUAAAAUAGGUUAGAGGCCUGUGCAAUAGUUCAUCAAUUACUUGUAUGUCUGUGUCUUGUAACUGAGUUUUAUAUAAUACACUGUUUUAGCUACAUUCUGUAUACACAGAAACAUAUGAUUUUAAUCUCAGGUUUUUUGACCCCUUAGCAAGAAGUAUUAAAAAAAAGGGAAACUACCUGUUCUGUCUCAUUCACACAGUGUGAGUAGUAAUAUAGCUGGUCAAUGAUUGAAACAGCUGACUUUGCCACUGAACUCAACAGUCCUGCUUAGUUUCAUCUCCAUAGAGAACCACAGUGGCUAUGAACAGAGAUUUUAAACAAGGAUUUUAGUGAACUGUCAUUUGGUGUUACGUUAAGAAUACAAACAUGAGUUACUACAUAUGUGAUCUUAAGGAAACACCGAUGUGAUAGGGGUACGGUAUGGUUGUGCAAUAACUAGUGAUGCUACACCAUGAAGGUUGGCAUCCAUCCUGAGGCCUUGUUCUGAAAGUCUAAUGUUUACAUCCUCAUAUUCACAGAUAGAUCGAAUGAUGGGGACAACAGUUUUCUUAGGUUACUUGAAUACUUUAAUACACUGCACGUCAGAAAAAGUAACCUUCAGAACUGUAAAUAGUAAUUGUGGGAGGUAAAGUACUCAUCUAGUCAGGUUCAUUGCUUUUUAAGUCAUACAGAUUCAUUGCUAGAUCAGUUUAUUAAUAAUGUUAAGAUAUAAUAAUUGAUCACAGAUACA